UCAUGUUCGGUUAUUUCUCAUAUCAUUUUUGAUUCUCCACGUUUCGUUAUCGCUCUUUUCAUUGUCGCCUGCUUUUUGACAAUCAAACACCAUCACAGCUACAAGUUCUUAUCAACGACACGUUACUUUGCGCUUGUGCUGCUUUCCUGCGCUUUUCCACAAGCGAGUAACGCAGUUAGUUACUCGUUCUUUUCGAUUUCACUCGCUCGCGCACACAUCCUUCGGUAGUGCCAACAUUAGCUAGACUGGCCAUUUAACAGUCUCGCUUUACACUUUGUGACACUCGCUUGUCUCCGCCGUUGGUCCUCCGCCAUUAACGCCACGCAGUCUAUCCACCUAUUCGACAUGCUAUUAUACACAUAAUCAAAACGGAAAUUACUAUCGACGCCAAUUGAGUCUGGUUGCUUAUAACAGAUUUCCAAGUACAAAAUGCAAGUUGCAAGAAACCAAAGGUUAAUUGUACAAAGAACUAAUAAAAAUACCAACACUUGUGAUUAGAAGCUGUCAAGAGAGAAAGAUCGCUUCGUUGCUUAGUGAAUCAAUUAUAGGCAAAAAUAUGGAAAAUUAAUAACUCGCAUUAAAACCAAAACGGUCAACUUAACAAUUGCUGAAUAUAAACCAACAAAAAACAAAAGAAUAAAUGCAACAAGAAAAUACAAAAACAACAAUUUUAAACCUGAAACAACGCAUUUAAACACAAAAAACGUAAGCAACACCGACUAAAACGGGUAUAAACCAGGAAAAGUAAAGCAAAACCGAAAUAAAAAUGGCGAAUACCGCACAGCUUUUGCGGCGACAGAGUUCGCGAGACUUCGGUGGUGUGUUGAAAAGUCAAAAGAGCAUUGAUCAACUGGAACUACGGGAAAUGCGCGGUCGCUUGGUACCCAAAGAACAUCAUACCAGCGGUACACAUCAUCAUCCGCAUCCCAGCCACCACCAUCAACCCAUGUAUGGUGCCACCAAUCAGGCGUUUCUCGGUGAUGCUUUUGACGAAUCGACUGAGUUGGAACCGGACGGUUUCGGUGCGCAGGCGAGCACGAGCAAGUCAAAAGCAGAACUGGUCGCAGCAGUCUCGGCCACAGUGGAGGCACAAGCAGAGGAUAUUGUUGAGGGCGAAAAGGAGGGUGAAGAACGUGAAAGUUGGGACAACAAAAUCAUGUUUCUACUCGCCACAAUAGGCUAUGCCGUUGGCUUGGGUAAUGUCUGGCGUUUUCCUUAUUUGGCGCAAAAGAAUGGCGGCGGCGCUUUCCUCGUGCCAUAUUUCAUAAUGCUGUGCAUACAGGGCUUGCCGAUAUUCUAUCUGGAAUUGGCUGUAGGCCAACGACUGCGCAAGGGUGCGAUUGGUGUAUGGAGCCAGGUCUCUCCGUAUUUGGGCGGCAUUGGCAUCUCAUCCGCAGUUGUCAGUUAUAUAGUCGCUUUGUAUUAUAAUACCAUAAUUGCCUGGUGCCUCAUAUACUUGUUGCACAGUUUUGAGUCACCUUUGCCGUGGGCCGAUUGCCCCACACGCCUCUAUGCCAAUUACACAUAUGACCAUGAGCCGGAAUGUGUGGCCUCUUCACCCACGCAAUUCUACUGGUAUCGCACCACACUUCAGUGCUCCGAAAGCGUCAAUGAGCCAGAAAAUUUUAAUUAUCACAUGGCUAUAGCGUUAAUAGUUUCAUGGUUUCUCGUUUACAUCUGUAUGGUGCAGGGUAUAACGUCGUCGGGCAAAAUUGUCUAUAUGACAGCCAUAUUUCCGUAUGUGGUGCUCAUAAUAUUCUUUUUCCGCGGCAUUACGUUGAAAGGCGCCUCAGAAGGUGUUGCACAUCUCUUCACGCCACGCUGGGAAACACUACUUGACCCGGUUGUUUGGCUAGAAGCCGGUACGCAGAUUUUCUUCUCACUCGGACUUGCGUUUGGCGGCUUGAUCGCCUUCAGUUCAUACAAUCCUGCCAACAAUAAUUGUUAUCGCGAUGCCAUCUUAGUGUCUCUCACAAAUUGUGGCACUUCGAUGUUUGCUGGCGUUGUCGUCUUUUCGGUGAUCGGCUUCAAGGCCACAUCAACAUUCGAUCGUUGCAAUGAGGAACGUCAAAGUAUGAUCGCACAAAAUAGAACCACAAACUUACCAGUAUGUGAUCUGCAAAAAGAACUGGCGAACAGCGCUUCCGGUACUGGCUUGGCCUUCAUCAUAUUCACCGAAGCGAUCAAUCAAUUUCCCGGGGCACAAAUAUGGGCCGUGUUGUUUUUCCUUAUGCUUUUCACACUCGGCAUCGAUUCACAGUUCGGCACGCUGGAAGGCGUCGUAACCUCGCUAGUGGAUAUGAAACUCUUUCCAAAUCUACCCAAGGAAUGGAUUGUGGGGGGUCUUUGCUUUUCCUGCUGUUUAAUCUCAAUGUGCUUUGCUAACGGCGCUGGAAGCUAUAUAUUUCAGCUAAUGGAUAGUUUUGCUGGCAACUUCCCACUUCUGAUCAUUGCACUCUUCGAAUGCCUGUCGAUCAGCUAUAUCUACGGUGUUAGAAGGUUCUCCGACGACAUUGAAAUGAUGACUGGUUCGCGUCCCGGCUUAUAUUGGAUGUUAUGCUGGAAGUAUCUCUCACCUGCUGCCAUGAUCACAAUAUUGCUGGCCUCGUUCUAUCAAUUGCUCACCGAGGGUAGCAGUUAUCCCGCUUGGAUAGCAGCUAAAGGGCUGACCGAGAAGCUUGAGUGGCCUCAUUGGUGCAUUGUUAUUGCAUUUUUCCUUAUACUGUCGUCAAUAUUGUGGAUACCGAUCGUGGCGAUACUGAGAUUAUGUGGAAUUAAGGUGGUGGAAGACACAGAUCCUGCUUGGUUCCCAGAAGCCGAGCUGAAAGAAGUGCACGGCAUUGUGCCACACGAACCUACCGAAAUCGAACGCAGCAUAUUUUGUUUCAAUAUGGAUGGCACAGAGGGCAUGUGCUGUCCAAAAUAUGGCUUGCCAGAGAAAUCGCUCGAAGAAGAGGAAUAAAUAUACAAAAAGGCAAAGGAAUAAAGAAAAUAAAAAAAAUAUGUGAAGAAGAUCACAAAGGUGCGAUGAAAAUGCUGAAACGAGUGGCAUAAAUAAAAAGAAGUACAUAUUUAUUAACGACUCAUACGAAACCGUCGAGAAUAUACUUCAAACGAAAGAGGGUGUAUAGAACAUGCAAAAAAAAAACUAGUUCGAAUGAGCAAAGUGAACAAAAUAAGUAUAAAAAGGAUGAAGUUAUCAACAUUUUAUUUUAUAAAAAAUCUGCAUUUUUGGUGUUUUGGUGCGUAAAAAUGGUUUGGUGACUCAACUAUACAAUAAUACGUUAAGCAUGACAUAAAUAUUAUAUAUAUAUAUACAUAUAAAUUAUACAUAAAUAUAUCUAUACAAAAGUAUAUAAUAUAAGUUAAUUCUGUAGAAUUACACUUAAAGACAAUAAUUUAAAGUAGCGCAUUGUUUAGACAUAAGUUUAGACAAGAGAAUCUACUUGUAAAUAUAUUAAAGUAUUUCUAAAAUUUAAGGACAAUAAUAAUGUUGAGCAUACUUGAACAAAAGCUACACUGAUACAAAUACUUAACGCCUAAAGGAAA